AUAUAUAUAUAUGUGACAAAAGAGGGAAAGGGGCUAUCUAAAACCACACCGCAAUUACCACCCAUUUCAAAAAACAGUAUCAUUAUUGUGCGGACACCUCAAAAUCGAACCAAAAACAUCGAACCUGUUAGGAUUUCCAUGCAAAAAGCUUUGGUUUCAUCGUCUACAGAUUUUCUUGUUCUCUUAAUAUAAAUUUCCGAGUCUUCUCUGUUCUUUUCAGUGUUCCCAAACAUGUCACAAAUUCGAGGACCAAAUCCGACCCACGACCCGUUCAAAUGCUUCGGACUCUUAAUCUUUCACACCACUGACUAUCUCACCACGGCGUUGAGAGGAGCUCUGUUGAUCUUCCUUGUGGCGUCGAUUUCACUCGUUGUCUACUCCGGAUUCUUGACCCAGACCCAGAUGUUCCACUGCCCCGAAUGCUCCCACCCGACCCAACACAUCGACACUCAACUCUGCGACGAGACCCACAACGUUUCGGGUCGAGAUAUCGGAGCAACCAACAUCUCUCACCUCGUAUUCGGCAUCGGAGGAUCCGCCAAAACCUGGGACCACCGCCGUCACUACUGCGAGCUGUGGUGGCGACCCAACAUCACCCGCGGGUACGUUUGGCUCGACGAAAAACCCGACCCGAAAAUCCCAUGGUCAGAAAAAUCGCCUGAAUACCGGGUUUCGGAAGAUUGGACCCGGUUCAAGUUCUCGAGCUCGCAAUCAGCGGUUCGGAUAGCCCGGAUUGUGUUGGAAACGAUUCGGCUCGGGUUACCCGAUGUGAGGUGGUUCGUAAUGGGGGAUGAUGAUACGGUGUUUUUCACUGACAACUUAGUUUCGGUGCUAGCGAGGUACGAUCACCGUUCGAUGUACUAUGUCGGUGGGAACUCCGAGAGCGUGGAGCAAGAUGUGAGGCACUCGUACGAUAUGGCGUUUGGCGGCGGAGGAUUUGCGAUCAGCUACGGGCUGGCUUUAGAGCUUGUCAAAGUGUUCGACGGUUGUCUUGAUCGGUACUACUACUUCUACGGCUCUGAUCAAAGGGUCUCGGCUUGCGUAAACGAGAUUGGAGUUUCUCUCACUGUAGAACGUGGUUUCCACCAGUUUGAUAUUAGAGGGGAUGCAUACGGUCUCCUGGCCACCCACCCGAUGACGCCACUUGUCUCACUUCACCACCUUGACGCUGUAGAUGCACUGUUCCCAGGUCAAACCCAGCCAGAGUCAUUGCAAAAGCUGAUCCAAGCAUAUCGGGUUGACCCAGCCCAAACAAUACAACAAAGUAUCUGCUAUGACCACCAGCGUAAAUGGUCGGUUUCCAUCUCAUGGGGCUACACCGCUCAGAUUUACCCGUCACUGUUGUCUGCAAACCAGUUGGUGAUUCCUCUCCGGACUUUUAAGACGUGGCGGAGCUGGAGCAAAGGGCCUUUCAUAUUCAAUACCCAGAACAUGAAAUCCAACAUAUGUGAGCAACCCGUUAAGUAUUUCUUGGACAAGGUUGAGGAUGCCGGGCCGGGUCAUACCCUGACUAGUUAUAUGGUGCAUUUGGCUGAGGGACAAGAGAAAUGCAGCCGGGCCGGUGUGUUGGCAGUCAAGAGAAUUGUGAUUUUAGCAUCAAAGAUGAACCCCCAGGGAUGGAACAAGAUGCCACGUAGACGGUGCUGCGAGAUCAGUGGAAGUUGGAAGAACACCAUGAAGGUAAAGAUCAGAAGCUGUAAACACUGGGAAACUAUCACUACUUGAGAGGUGAGGUCUUAUUCCACAGUCCAUAUUUUGUGAAUAAUCAAAAGCUAUUACAAACUAAAAAUAGUUUUAUAGUAAAAUAAUUUUCCUGGUUAGGGCUAAUUUUCUUAGAAGCCCUCGUUCCGGUUCUCUCUCUCUCCCUCUCUCUGUGCUAUCAUAUACACGGGCAUAUGUGCGAUUGUCAUCUGAAAUUUUCAAUGUUACACUGCUAUUUUUAUACAGAAUUUAUUGACAGAA